GCAGAGACGCUCUUGGCAGGCGGCAGCCCGGUGUGAGUGGGGGGCGCGGUGGGAAUAGGUGUCCGCAGUGCCCGUCCCGCCGGCAUGGGGGCCAGCGAGAGCAGCCAGGGCGGCAGGCACGUCUCCUUCGGGCUGGAUGAGCGGGAUCAAGUCCGCGUGCUGCACGGCAUCAGGCUCACUGAAGAUGUAGUGAACCGAAUGAAAGAGUCUUCUCAAAGUAAAAGGGACAACCAGAGGUCGUCCCAUUCAUCCAGUGGCACAGCUCCAUCUUCACCAGCUGCAGAAGGGAGACCCAGAUCUCCUAUAGGAGUCCAGCCACCAACGGCAAGUGACUCUGGUCAGAAGUCUUCUGCUGCAGAGCAGGAACUGUACAGGAGGUAUGAGCAAGAACAAGCACUGGUCCAAGAGGAGUUGCUCCGUCUGGCCAAAAGAGAAAGUGAGGCCUUGAACACUGCCCUUCAGCAGGAGAGGAGCAACAGUAAAGAAGAGAGGCAGAGAGCAGCCCAGCUGCCUGCGGAUUUGGAUGCCUGGGCCGCGGAGCUGCAAGGCAGGGAGGCAGAGCUGAAGCGGCAAGAGGCCUUCUACAAAGAGCAGUUGGCUCGCAUUGAGAGGAAGAAUGCGGAGAUCUACAAGCUGACAUCGGAGCAGUACCAGGAGGCAGCCACCAAGGCAGAGGAGUCAAUAAAGAGAAGGAACACUGACCCUGUCUGUGCAAACCUGCAGUCUGAAAUUCUGAAGUGCUACCAAGAAAACAAAUGUGAAGUGCUCAAAUGCUCCGAGCUGGCUAAGGAAUAUCAGCGCUGCGUUAGUGCCGCUCAGAAGGAGCUGUUAGUUAAUUCUGGAUAAACAUCAGCCAUCAAAGAGCAGAGGACAAGGACUACAGAUGCCCUCGGAAGCCCCAGCAUCCUUCUGGACAGACACUGACCGAAACCGGUGCCUUCUGCCCUUUGCAGUCCAAGAUGACAACAUGAUUCCUCUUCUGAUUGCCUGCAUGUAUCAGUCUGGGUGGAUGUUCCUGGAGGUGGGAGGAGGGCCCUGGGAGAAGGGGAGGCUAUUGUUUCCUUUUUCACUGUAUCACAAUGUGAAGAAUUGUGUUGACUCCAGGUGCUUCCAGCACAGCUUGGAGGCUACUCAACACGAGGCUGGUUUGCCCCGUGCUAGCGUUGGUUUCACUGAUCCACAUCUGAGUUUCAGGAUCUGUUAUCUUUGUCUGUUUGCUCUGGAGAAAGGGGUCUGAAGUAUUUGGAAGUAACCCUGACUAGCUUGUUAGGAUAAAUUGUUCCUAGCAUGCUCCCAUCGGUUACACCGGUAGGCGCAGUUCUUCCCUUCCAAGGUUCCCUCCUAAACAAUAAAGUGUUUAA